UGUACAGAUAAUGAUCAGACUCACGUUACAAAUGCUGGUUAACAAUCCAAUACAUUUAGUUUAGAUUGUUUCACAAAAGUAGUGCGCUAGUCUUUUACUAGUCCCGUAUUAGCAGACCAAUAUUGACUUCAUCAGCACAGGCAAAUGGCUGCUGCAAGAAAACGUACGCUAUCUGGAUUUGAAGAUGUGAUAGACAGAAAAACAACGAUUUUCAAAGACAGCGGCGAGAAGAUACACGUUGCAGCCCUGAUCCUAGCUAGGGGAGGCAGUAAGGGGAUCCCCCUGAAGAAUAUAAAAGUUCUGGCCGGCGUCCCGCUCAUCGGAUGGGUUCUGAGAGCUGCCGUGGAUUCCAAACAGUUUGACAGUGUGUGGGUGUCAACUGAUCAUGAUAACAUUGAGAAGGUGGCCAAGGCAUGGGGAGCUCAGGUUCACCGCAGGAGCCCAGAGGUGUCCAAAGACUCCUCCAGCUCUCUCGACACUAUCCAGGAAUUUGCCCGAUUAAACCCAGAGGUGAAUGUGAUCUGUCACAUCCAGGCUACGUCUCCCUGCUUGCACCCCUUCCACCUGAAGGAGGCCCUGGAGUUGAUCACCAAUCAGGGCUUCACGUCUGUCUUCGCCGUGGCCCGACAACACCACUUUCGCUGGCAGGAGGUCAAGAAAGGAGGUAGUGUAGCCACCAAGCCACUGAACCUUGACCCGUCUAACAGGCCCCGGAGACAGGACUGGGAUGGAGAGCUGUGUGAGAACGGAUCUUUCUACAUUCAUACCAGAGCGACAAUAGAGAAAGGCCUGCAGGGGGGAAAGUGGGCUUACUAUGAGAUGUUGCCAGAGUACAGUGUGGAUAUCGAUGUGGAUAUCGAUUGGCCCGUGGCAGAACAGAGAGUACUGAGGUUUGGUUACUUUGGCCUGGACAAGCCUGAGGCGGUGCGUCUGCUGCUGUGUAACGUCUCCGGCUGUCUGACUGACGGCCGCGUCCUCAUCUCUGUCUCUGGAGAGGAGAUGGUCUCUGUCAACACCAGAGAUACCACGGGUAUCCGCAUGCUGCAGGGAGAGGGCGUGGAGGUGAUCCUGAUCUCGUCCAGUGAGGACCUGACCAAGGCCUUGGCUGACAAGCUGUCCCAGAGAACGGGCUGUGAGGUCAGACAGCUGGGCAAGGACAUCCAGGGUGAGGCCAAAGCCAUGAUGGACGACAGGGAUCUGGGCUGGAAGGAAGUCGCAUAUAUGGGUAACGAUGCACCAGAUGUUGACUGUCUGAACCUGGCUGGGCUGAGUGCAGUACCCCGGGAUGCCCCAGUGGUGGCAAUCAAUGCUGCUAAAUACUCCUGCCACAAUGUUGCAGGCCUCGGGGCUGUGAGGGAGUUUUCGGAACUCAUCCUGCUGCUCAAGAAGAAGGCCAAGUCUCAGAUGGAACAGGACCGCAUCCACAGAGAUACAUUCUAAACUCUAGAAUGGGUUCUAAAGUCACAGAGAUACAUUCUAAAGUCACAGAGAUACAUUCUAAAGUCACAGAGAUACAUUCUAAACUCUAGAAUGUGUUCUAAAGUCACAGAGAUACAUUCUAAAGUCACAGAGAUACAUUCUAAAGUCACAGAGAUACAUUCUAAAGUCACAGAGAUACAUUCUAAACUCUAGAAUGUGUUCUAAAGUCACAGAGAUACAUUCUAAACUCUAGAAUGUGCUCAAACUCUAAUCUGGCUCAGAUAUGUUCUAAACAAAGAGUUGCAUUCUUGUAGCCUGAGUGCCAGUCUGUCUUUACUCGCUUGCCAGCUCCUUGUCAUUCCAAACAUAUUUGGCAUUACAAUUCCAAAAAGAGUUAACUAGAGAGCAGAAACAGACGGGCAGUCAGGUAAUUUUAUUCUAGACUAUCAGACAAACCUAAACUCGUGCCUGUGCUAAAGAUUAGGCUAAAUGACCUUGAAGCUUAUUGACAAUCCUCAAUACUUUCUCUGGAGUAUUUACUCACUUUCAUGCACUUAGCUCAGGCUGAGCUAACACCUUAUAAACUCAGCAACAAAAAAGGAACGUCCUCACUGUCAACUGCGUUUAUUUUCAGCA